ACGUGUAUGCUUCAACAACUGAUGUCCGUUUCCAUCUUAAACCAAAUUUUUUUUAGCAUAGUCACUGCAUAGUGGCUUCACAUCCAGCCAGCUCGCACCUACCAAAAUAUCCAGAAUCUAAGCAGGAGCAUCGUAUUUGAAACUCCGCUCAAGCCCUUCCCCAUAGCUAUAGGAAAGAACCAUGACACACCUCUCCUUCCUCGAUCGGACCGGAAAACAAACGAAUCUGAUCCACAGGCGUUACUCUUUACUCUUCUACCAUCCCACAUCCUCGCUUCCGGCCCAACCCACCCACCGUUACUUGUGGUUCCCAUUGGUUGCUUAUCACAGUUUCUACGGCUGCCAUCCUUACUGCGGGAUCAUACGCUUGGUUCAUCACCACUUCACCUACAGACUCCACUUCUUCAUAUUCUCACACGCUUCCUAUCGGAGGCGCUUUCAUCUCAUCACCCACUCACCUACAUCUAACGCCUAUUGCAUGUCAGCUUGCGGAGCAGGCGGCGGUGCGUGUUCUGGCUCAGCGGAAGCCUGUGGCACUGGAGCAUCGAUUGGGAAUUGCGGUACCUCUACAGCCACGACGGGUACUGCUGCGUUCGUACCAGGGACUGGCUUAAGCACAGGGUCCAUAUCGCGUCCGCACGAUCCAGAAGCCUGGGCGCGCCGCAAGGCGAAGCUAAAGCGGAACAAGCAGAAGCUCAAGCGCAACAAGGAGAGGCUCAAGCUCAAGCUUCGGGUGCUGAAGGCUACGCUGAAAGGGAAGAAGAUCGCUAGCGUAGCGUAGCUGGAUGUCGAGCAGACGCACUUCGACCAGCACAGCGACUGCGUACGAGCCGG